UUUCACUGUGUUACCCAGGUUGGACUCAAACUCCUGGGCUAAAGUGAUCCUCUCACCUUGGCCUCCCAAUGUGCUGAGAUUAUAGGUAUGAGCCAUUGUGGCUAGCUACAUUGAUCAUUUCAAAUGACCAGCUCUUUUUUCUUUAAGCGUCCUAUUAUAUUUAUUUGAUUUAGCAAAGGUUUUAUUUUUAUUAAUUACUUCCUGGUUUUAGUUUUUGUUUUGCUUAAUUUUGUUUUUUUUUACUUCUAAUGUUUUUGGUUGAAGACAUAGCUCAUUUUGGGAUUGUAUUUAUUUUUAAUUAAGAUCAAAGCUGUUUAAAACAGUAAAUUUCACUCUAAAUAAUGCUGUACUUCAUAACUUCUGGUAAAUUUGUAUUGAUUUCCCAGUUGGAUCCUGGGUUAUUUAGGAAAAAGUUUCUUUUCUUCCCCUUUUUAAAAAUAAGAUUUAUUUAGGUUUAUUCCAAUACCAUAAAAUUCACCCACUUAAAGUAUGCAGCUCGGUGGUUUUUAGUAUAUUAACAGAAUUGUGCAGCCAUCACCAUAAUCUAACUUUAGAACCUUUUCAACACCCCCAAAAGAAAUGCUGUCCUCAUUAGCAGACGUUCACCAUUCAUGCCACCUCAUACCCCCAGUCCUAGGCAACCACUGUUUUAUUUCUGUCUCUGUGGAUUUGCCUAUUCUGGAUAUUUCACAUGAAUGGAUACAAAAUAUGUGGUCUUUUGUGACUGGCUUCUUUCACUUAGAGUAGCAUUUUCAAGGUUCAUCCAUGUUGUAGUAGGUAUCAGUACUUCUUUUGUAUUACCAAAUGUUGUAAUAUUCCAUUGGUGUGUGUGUGUGUAUAUAUAUAUGCCAAAUUUUGUUUAUCCAUUCAUCAGUUGACAUUAAACAUUUGGAUUGUUUCUCCUUUUUGGCUGCUAUGAAUAAUGCUGCUGUGAAUAUUUGUGUGCAAGUUUUGGAAUGGACAUGGGUUUUUUUAUUUCUCUUGCAGAGACACCUAUGAGAGAUAUUUCUGUGUUUUAUGGUGACUCUAUGGUUGAUAUUUUGAGAAACUGACAAAUUAUUUUUCAGAGUGAGUGCACCAUUUUACAAUCCAAACAGCAAUGUAUGAGAGCUCCAAUUUCUUCAUAUCUCACCAACACUUGUUAUUGUCUUUUCUUCUUCUUAGGCAUUUUAGUGGAUGUGAGAUGGUCUCCUAACUCAUGAAAGAUUAUGGUUUUGAUUUGCAUUUUCCUAAUGACUGAUGUUGUUGAACAUUUUAUGUUAAUGAUCAGAGAAUGUAAGCCUGUCAAUUCCCAACAUUAAAACAUUUAUCAGAUUUUUUGGUAGCCAAGUUAUUUGAAAGAAUUUGUAGAAGUUCCAUGACUAUAAGAGAAGAAAGCAUAUUUUCUCUCUUGCUUUGAUAUAACAUCCUUUUAGUGUUUUUAAAAUUUAACUUGCUCAUGCCUUUUAUUUUACUCUUUAUUUAUUUUACUUUAUUUUUUCCUCUUCAUCUCAUUCUUACUUCUUAAGUUCCUCUUCUUUUUAAGUAGAUAUUUUCCCUUUCCUAACAAGAAUGACUAAAUCUGCAGUGCCUCUAAUAAUUGAUCAGAAUAAAAUUGUACUUCAACUUAGACACAGAGACACUCUGUCUUCUCUAGCUAGUUCCCUCAGUGGGGAAACAGUUUUACCUCUGGAUAUUUUUGAGUUAAUUAAAAAACUUUAGUCCCAGGCUGUUACUAUUUCCCCUGUAGCAUGUCUCUUCUGUUUCAAGAAAUUUUACUUAACUUUUUUAUUCUGAAUUUAGGGUCAUAUUUUCACUGUCUGUCAAACAGAACCACAUUUAUUUUGAGCCUACCAUGGAAAAGGUAUCAUAUGAUACAGCUUUGACAACGUGAACUUUGGAGCCAGGGUUCUUGGAGUCUCUGCAGAGUCCCUGGGCCAGAUCUCAUAGUGAAGGUUGCAGUAUCUUCCUUCUGAUCCCAGCAGUUCCCGUUGAGUCCACUGAUCCCACUGGAAUUCUAGAGUUGUCUGCAAGAAAGCCCGGGGGCUGAAGUCCAAGUCCGUCGGGAACAUGCCAGCUAACGAGGACACUCCCCAGCCAGGGGGACAUGGCAGUGCCUGUGAGGUAUCAGUGUCAUUUGAGGAUGUGACUGUGGACUUCAGUAGAGAAGAGUGGCAGCAACUGGACUCUACUCAAAGACGCCUGUACCAGGAUGUAAUGUUGGAGAACUACAGCCACCUGCUGUCAGUGGGGUUCGAAGUCCCCAAACCAGAGGUCAUCUUCAAGUUGGAGCAAGGAGAGGGGCCGUGGACAUGGGAAGGGGAAACUCCACAUCACAGCUGUUCAGAUGGGAAAUUUGGAAUUAAGCCUUCCCAGAAAAGAAUUUCUGGAAAAUCUACAUUCCAUAGUGAAAUGGAGGGUGAAGAUACACGAGAUGAUUCAUUGUAUUCUAUUUUAGAAGAAUUGUGGCAAGAUGCUGAACAGAUAAAGAGAUGUCAGGAAAAACAAAACAAACUUCUGAGUCACACUACUUUCCUCAGUAAGAAAAUAUUGAAUACAGAGUGGGAUUAUGAAUAUAAAGACAUUGGAAAAUUUGUCCAUUCAAGCCCAAAUCCCAUUCUUUCACAGAAAAGACCCCAUAAACGUGAUUCAUUUGGGAAGAGUUUUAAGCAUAAUUUAGACUCACACAUUCAUAAUAAAAGCAAUGCAGCAAAGAACCUGGAUAAAACUAUUCGGCAUGGUCAGGUUUUCACCCAGAGCUCUUCCUAUAAUCACCACGAAAGUACCCAUGCAGGCGUGAAGUUCUGUGAACGUAAUCAGUGUGGAAAAAUCCUCAGCCUCAAACAUUCACUCAGUCAAAAUGUGAAAUUUCCCAUUGGAGAGAAAGCAAACACAUGUACUGAAUUUGGGAAGAUCUUUACCCAGAGGUCACACUUCUUUGCUCCUCAGAGAAUUCAUACUGUGGAAAAACCUCAUGAGCUUAGCAAAUGUGUAAAUGUUUUUACACAGAAGCCACUACUCAGUAUAUAUCUGAGAGUUCAUAGAGAUGAAAAACUCUACAUAUGUACUAAAUGUGGGAAGGCCUUCAUCCAGAAUUCAGAAUUAAUUGUGCAUGAGAAAACUCAUACUAGAGAGAAACCCUUUAAAUGCAAUGAAUGUGGGAAAUCAUUUUUCCAGGUAUCAUCUCUACUCAGGCAUCAGACAACUCAUACUGGAGAAAAACUCUUUGAAUGCAGUGAAUGUGGUAAAGGGUUCUCCCUGAACUCAGCCCUCAAUAUACAUCAGAAAAUUCAUACUGGAGAGAGACAUCACAAAUGCAGUGAGUGUGGGAAAGCCUUUACCCAAAAAUCAACACUCAGGAUGCAUCAGAGAAUUCAUACAGGAGAGAGGUCUUAUAUCUGUACUCAGUGCGGGCAGGCCUUCAUCCAGAAGGCACACUUGAUUGCACAUCAAAGAAUUCAUACUGGAGAGAAGCCUUAUGAAUGCAGUGACUGUGGGAAAUCUUUCCCUUCUAAGUCACAACUCCAGAUGCAUAAGCGAAUUCACACCGGCGAGAAACCCUAUAUAUGCACUGAAUGUGGGAAGGCUUUCACCAACAGGUCAAAUCUCAAUACUCACCAGAAGUCUCAUACUGGAGAAAAGUCUUAUAUAUGUGCUGAAUGUGGUAAGGCCUUCACUGACAGGUCAAAUUUCAAUAAACACCAGACCAUUCAUACUGGAGAGAAACCCUAUGUUUGUGCUGAUUGUGGGAGGGCCUUCAUCCAGAAGUCAGAGUUGAUUACACAUCAGAGAAUUCAUACUACAGAGAAGCCUUAUAAAUGUCCUGACUGUGAGAAAUCCUUCUCCAAGAAACCACAUCUCAAAGUACAUCAACGAAUUCACACAGGGGAGAAACCAUAUAUAUGUGCAGAAUGUGGGAAAGCCUUCACUGAUAGGUCAAAUUUCAAUAAACAUCAAACAAUUCAUACUGGAGAUAAACCCUAUAAAUGCAGUGACUGUGGAAAGGGCUUCACCCAGAAAUCAGUUCUCAGUAUGCAUCGCAAUAUUCAUACAUGAAAGUAACCCUGUUUCUUGAAAAUGAGAGCCUUAUCACAAAAGUCAGGUCUAACUAUAUAUUAUAAAAUUCAUCCAAGACAGAUCCUAUAUGAAUAUGUUAUCUCACUUGAGAUGGAAAAAAAUUAUUCAGAAGAAACACUCUUAAGAAUGCACUGAAGGAGGGAGAAUUUCUAUAUUUGCACAGCCUCAUGAAAUAUAGUAGAAGUCAUUGGGAAAAACGUUGUCAGUUUGGUGUGGUAGGAAAAGCCUUCCUAUAGAAAGUAUUAUAAGUCAAAUUGUUACCAAAUUCUUCAUAGGAAGGAGAGUGCAAAUUAUGUAAAUGAUGGUCAUGUUUACUGUGUUACAUUAAACAAUUUAAAGUGAUAACAAAAUGAAAGGUAGUGCAGCAAAAUAAUAUAACUGAUGAGUAGACCUGUCAGUUCUAUAGGGCAUUUGUGGCAGAACACAGUACAUAACAGGAGGAAUAUUAAUUUUUUUCAAAUUUAGAAUAUGUUCAUCAAAUGUUUCUUACUGAAUAUGUCUAUCAAAUAUGUUUCUUACUGAAUAUUUCUAUCAAGUGAAUCCACAGUUUAAAAGUCACUUUGGUUUUAUAUAUACACACAUCUGCAGAUAUAAUUUUAUAUGAACACACAAAUACAGUCCUAUCAUUCAUACUGGUUUCCAUGACAUAGUAUCCAUGACAUGUUUUCUUUCUUUGUGGUACAAUGCAGAGUAGCCACAGAUUCCUCCCAUCCCAAGUAGCAUCUCUUUGUCUACUACUUGACUUUGAACUUGGCCAUGUGACUUCCUUUGGCCAAUGAACAUUAGCAAAGAGAAUCAAUAAGAAGCUUGAGAAGUGUGCAAAGCCUGCCUUGAAGCUUAACCUCUCUUGCUGCUCUUUGCAAACUUGAGAAAUCUCGAAUUGCCCUACUGGGGGAUGAAAAACCACCACAUGGAGCAGUGGUGAGCCGCCCUGCUGAGGCCCCUUAGACCAAGUAGCCUGCCAAUUGUCAGAAUUAGGAGUGAGGUUUUCCCAGACCUCCACACCAGCUGAGCCAGCCUAGCUCAGAAGAGCCAUACCAGUUAUUCCAGCCAAUUUACAGAAUUGUGAGAUAAAUAAAAUUAUUACAGUUUUAAUCAACAUAAGUUUUAGGGGUAGUUUGUUGUACAGAAAAUGCUAAGUAAUAUUUGAAAGUAUAUGAUUGGGGGAGGGGGCAUAGUGGACCAAAACAUGACAUGUGGCAUUGGCUUUGGGUCUGAGUGGCAGGUAGAAACUGGAAAAAUAGUGAGGAAAUCUGUUAACAAAGGUUGGAUAGAUGGCAACCCAUGUUAUUUAGUAGGGAAAAAUAUAGAAAAGCAAUUGUCAUCAUACUCUGUGGGAAGAUAGAGAAUGGACCAAAUGAACUUAUGGAUCUGGCUAAGGAGAUUUGCAGCAGUAUAUGGGAAGUAUCAGAUUGCUUCUUUUAGCUGCAUAUAAGAUACAGAAAGAGAGAAAUGAACUAAAGAAAUAACUUAUCCAUUGGCAAGCAGAAUUCAGAAGACAUACAGAAAAGCCAAGGAUUGCUGGGUUGGAAAAUAACAGUUUCACAUCGCUAGUCUCUCCAGCAAUCAAAAUAUUCUCAAGGUAAAACAUGGCCUCAGGGUAAAGAUCAAAUCAUGGUUGUGUCUAUAAGACUCUGUAUUACAAUGUGUGAAAUAGUUAAGUUGGUGCUUAGGAGACCAUCUCAGCUAAACUUAAGGGCUUCUAAAAAAUCUUCAUGACAUUGUCCCAUAGAAGCCUGACAUACUACUCAAAGCGGAGAAAGAUCUAUCUUUGAAACAAUUUCUGAUGUUGCAUUUGGGGAAAGGUGUAGAUCCAAACCAGAUUCAUAGGAAACAAAGUUUUUAAUAGAGUUUUACUAGUAAUACUACCUCCAGGUUGGACUUCCAGGGACCCAAACAGUUCAAAAUGAAAAGUGGCCCCUGGAUUCCCCUCCCUAACUUCUAUGAAUAGGAUACAAGCUGAGAAAGUUACUCAGUUGCAAGCAUGGUCCAUUUCUUAUGGGAAAUGAAGGGCAUCUCAGAGGGAAGACCCAAGAACAAUAUAUUAAAAUGGACUGAGGAGCCAUUCCCAGUGAGAACUGUGCCCUAAUCAAGAAACAUUAUCUGCCCCUGGAGCCAGGGGAACUGACAUUUGCUCUUUGGGAUUUCAGAAUUGUUAUGGAACAGUGACUUAUAUGUGUCUCUUGGUCCUCUUUUUGAAUGGGAGUGUCUAACACAGUUAUCCUGUACCUAUCCCACCAUUGUAUAUAUUGGGUAUGUGUUGGGGGCAUAUAACUUGUCAUUUAGCUCACAGGUGUCUGGAUCAAGAAACUGAAAAACUGUACCCAGGGAACCUCAGCCACAACUGAACCUGAUACAGAAGACUUGAGAUCCUGGAUUGGAACGUGACGCCACAAUUUUGGAUGAGAAAUUUGGACAUCCUGGAACAGGGGUGAACAUAUUUUGCAUGAUGGGUGGUAAUGUGAAUAAUUUGUGACCAGAAGACAUACUGUGUUAGAUAGAAAAAUGCUACAGAUGUCUUCGUCCCUAUCUAUGUGCCCUUUUUCAGUCUUUAUAUCUCUGUGUUUCAGUUAGAAUAAUUUCUGUUGAUCUAUCUUCAAGUUCACUGAUUUUUUUUCCCUUACCCUGGCUCUGUCAAGUCUGCUGAUGAAACUAUUGAAGGCAUUCUUCAACUCAGUUAGAUUUUAUUUUUAUUUCUAAUAUUUCCAUUUGAUUCUUAUAGUUUUCAUAUUUCUGCUGAAAUUCCCCAUCUUCUCAUGCAUGUUCAUGUUUUCCCCUAUACCCUUUGUCUUAGUUUGGGCUGCUGUGACAAAGCACCGCAGAUUUGAUGGCUUAUAAACAAUGGAAAUUUAUUUCUCACAGUUCUAGAGCCUGAAAAUCUGAGAUCAGAAUCCAGCAUGGUUGGGUCUUGGUGACGGCCCUCUUCAAGGUUGCAAACUGCUGACUUCUUAUAUUUUCCCAUGUCUACAGAUAGAGAGCUCUUUGGGAUCCCUUUUAUAAGGGCACCAGUCCCAUUCAUGAGGUCUCCACCCACAUUAACUAGCUACCUCCCGAAGGCUCUACCUCCUAAUACCAUCACAUUGAGGAUUAGGAUUUUAACAUAUGAAUUUGUGGGGGGAUGCAAAUGUUCAGCCCAUAGUACCCUCUAACAUAUUAAUCAUAGUUAUUUUAAACUCCCUGUCUGAUAGUUCCAACUAGCAGGUCAACUCAGUCUAGAUCUGUUGAUUGCUUUGUCUCUUAGUGGUGAGUUGUCUUCUCUUGCUCUUUUGCAUCUAAUAAUUUUUGGCUGAAUGUCAGAUGUUGUAUGUAGGGUAGUAGAAACUGAGAUAAAUAGCAGUUAUUCCUGGAAAUAGCCAUGGUUGCCCUUUUGAUAGGCCAUUAGCAUGGGGGGAUUGAAUCCAUCUAGUCAGAAGUUAGGCUGAGUUUGUGCUUCUUUGUUGCCAGUGUUACCUUUGCUGUACCAUAGACUUAAAAUUCCUCUAAUGUUAUCUUGUGCUUGAGGUAGGCUCUGGUUUGCCCAGAGAAUUUUUAUUAUUCCCAGACCACACUUGCCUUUAGGCCUGUAGGCCUUUCCUGUGUGCUAGCAUCUCAGGGAGGGCCACUCUCCAUGUUAUUGCCUCUAUAUUUGUAGUAGACAAACUGUUAUUACUUGGUUCUGGCUGACCUGGUGAGUUGGGGGCGGGGGUUGUCCUGGGCCAGCCUCAGUUUUUGUCAGGUCCUGCAUCCCUGGGUCUUGAGGGUGAGGUUUUUCGGUAAUCCUACCCUCUUCCACUGGUAGAAGGCCUUUAAUGAUCUGGGCCCUGAAUGGUCUCCUGCCCUUUUACCAUGGGUGGAAUUUUUUUUUUCAAUUUCCCUCACUCAAGUCACAGUGAGGGAAAUUGAAACUUUCCUGUGUCCUGAGGGCAGCAAGGUUGCUGAACUUCUAGUGGCUUAAGGAUUUUGUUCUGUAAGGGAGUAGGGUCCCACUGGGGCUUUGUGCCAUUUCUAUAUUAGCAGCAGUCCCCUUGCAGUCCUACCCCAUGGAGGUAGGCUUUCUCCAGUCUUCUUCCUUGCCCCUGUGUUUCUUGUGAGCAUUCAGUGGAUGUCUAUGGAGAAGAGCCUGUAAGUAGAGGCCAACUACCCUUAGGUCUACAGCUCUCACGAGUCUCCCACACUCAACUUUUAGCAAUUCAUUAAAAAUUCUUGUUGAAUUCUUACUGCUUAUAUGGUGGCCUCAUCUUCUUCCUUCCUGCUUUCAAGCUAGUUGGUUGCUCUAUAAUCUUAGCUCUCUGAAGUGCUCAAGAAAAAUAAUGUUUUUGCAGAUUACCCAGCUUUAUUCUUGUUAUAAAGAUGGGAGCAGUGUUCUUUCCAGAUGUCUGCAUCCUAGGCAGAAACUAGAAGUCUGGACAGUCUCUACUGUCUCCUACUGUCAGAAUAUAUGCCCCUUUUCAGUGUGACUUUGCCACUUCACCCAUCAAGAGGUAGGAUCUAUUUCUUCACCCCUGAAACUGGGCUUGACCAUUUGUUGGCCAAUGGGACAUCAACAAAUAUUAUACAAGCAGAGGCUUGAGAAGUGCCUGCACAAUGAGGCUUACCUGCUUUUGCAGCUCUUUGGAAUCCUGAACCUGUGUGUGAAAAAGCCUGAACUGUGCUGUUGGAAAAUGAGAGAGAUCACAUGCAGCAGUAAGAUCACAUGGAGCAAAGACCAGCCAUCCCAGUUGAACCACCCUACACCAACACCACAUGUCACAACUAUCUGACAGGAAUAAUGCAUCUAUAAACCAAUUAACAGCUGAGGCUCCCUAGCACCUUCAGAGGGAGCAUGGCCCUGCUGAUACCAUGAUUCAGAUCUCUAGCCUCUGGAACUAUAAGACAAUUUCUGCUGUUUUAGGCUGCCUAAUUUGUGGUAGUUUGUUAUAGCAGCCCUAGGAAUCAAAUAUGCUUCUUAGUUAAAUCUAUGAUAGGUACUAGUGUAUGAAGCCAUCCUAGGCAUCCAGUCUUGGUCAACACAACUUUGGUUGGCAGCCUCCGACAUAACUCUGAAUGAUCCCCACCUCUUGGUAUUUGUGCUCUUAUAUAAUGCCCUCCUCUUGAGCUUAGACUGGAGUUAGUGACUUGGUUCUAGUGAAAAGAAUGAGGCAGAGGUAAUGGGAUUUCAUGUCCAAGAUUAGUUACAAAAAGACUGUGGCAUCCAUUUUGGGUGCUUGCUUACUUUCUCAGAUGGCUCAUCAUAGGGGAAACCUGCCACAUCAUGAGAUAGCCCUGUGGAAAGAACCACAUGAGUGAACUUAGAAUCAUAUCCUCCCCAAGUUUAGCCUUCAGAUGAGGACCACAGCCAGAUAGCUUGACUCGUGAGAGACCUUCAGCCAGAGGCAUCUUUUGAGCCACACUUGAAUUCGUGACCCACAGAAACUGUGAGAUAAUAAAUGUUGUUUUAAGCUGCUAAAUUUCAGCGUAAUUCGUUACACAGUAAUAGUUUAAUAAUAUACUGGCCCAGAUUAGGAAGGUUCUGCCAUCCAUCCCAGCCAUCCCAAACAAUUACCAGAAUAAUGGAUUAAAACAUUAAUUAAGUCACUAAGUUUUGGGUGGCAUGAUACCAACCCAGAAAAAGCUAACUGAUAUAUUUAUUAUUUGUUGCAUUUCUUCCUCCACUGUUCUUCCCUAACAGAUAACCAAUACUAAUCAACUACUGAGAACACUU